UGAUUGGGAAAGCCGAAGAAAAGCGCGCGCGUGUGGUGAAGGCCGCUGCUAUCGCGUCAUCGUUUAAACGCGGCUAUCAACAGCACACUCACCUCGCUCCACCUGGAUGAUUUCAAUCCUCUCUCUUCCUGUCACCAACUUCGCCAUCGCCGUCGCAGCCUCCAGGACCAAAGUACUUAGGCAUCGCUAACAUGCCUUCAUCAGAUCCUAAUACGACGAACCAUGAGUCUACUCCGGCGCAGACUUGGGUCCCUCUAAGACUCACUGCCGAGCAAGUUGCCCAAGACCCAUCUCCGGCGUCCGAAGCUGCUCUAGAUGAAGCCCAACUCGCACAACAAUCACACAACCAAACCGUCCUAGAUAAGAUCUUUGAGAAUCUCGCUUCCGGCUCGACCUCUACCUUCCUCGCCCACAUCGAACAAGUCGAAGAAAUCGUCUACUCAGGAACCGCUGAUCAACGCACCCUCAACAGCGUCAGGGUCGUAGAGCGACUCAUUCGCGCCGAAGAGACGGCUAUCAGCCAGAUCGGGGCCGUGGAGCAACUCCUCCGCGCCAAUGAGGCCACUAUUCGCGCCAACGAGACCACUCUCCAGAGGGUCGAAGCCAAGUUCAACAUGCAGACACUCAGCGGGCUCGCAAAGAUGGUGGACCCGAAGAUCGACGCCACUCCCGAUAGCGAUCUCACAUUCGAGGAUUUGGAGCUAUUCCAGGUCCUUGCAACUAAGAUGCGCAAGAAGCUGUUCGCCGCGAAGUUUGCCUCAGCAGGAGUACCGGAGGACGACGACGCCGAGGCGGCCAAUGUACAACUGCAGCAUGAACGCCUGCAGCAUGAUCUGAAGCUUGCGAUGCCGUGCAGCCUCCAGGAUGGCCAGAAGUCCUCUCGAAGCACGUCCGACAUCGCUACGCUCCUCCGCGGCGGCCAAAUAUCUACCCGCAGCACACCAAGCAUGACGAAACUUCUCACAAAACUGCUGUCGAACCAGGCCAAGGAGGCCAGUUUCCAGGAAGCGGUCGCCGCGAUCGAACCGAAGAUCAAAGAAGCGCCCGAGACGGUGACCAAGGAGGAGGCGAAUCUUCUGCAUAAGCUCGAAGUUCGCGCUUUUGGUCUCACGGAGAGGGGCGGCGUCACGGCGAGGGCGAUGAGCCUGGCGAGGAAGAACGAGGCUGCCGCCAAGAUGGGUGCUGCGGGAAGCUCGAACAACGCGUCGGACGACGAACAUGAGGAGCAUGUCACCAUGAAGUGCUAGGGGUUGAGGCCUGUGGGCGCCAACUUUCUAUCACAAUGACUAGUCACUUGUUUGGCCCGGACUGAGCUUGGUGUCUAUACUCUGCCCAUGACGUGAUGCUGGUUAACACUCUACAAUAAUAGGUCAUAAGUUUGGGUACCCGGAUAUGCCACUGUAUGGGUUCCGCUCUUGAUCGCUCGAUACCACCGCGAGGAGUAACCCAACUAGUACGAAGCUGGCCAGUCAAAAGGUAGUCUGAUAGUUGUUGUGGUAACCUUAACAUCGUGUUUAGGGGUUAAAAAGUCUACAAGCUCAACAUUACACUGCAACGGCUUCUCUCUUGCCCGUUGGACAACACCGUGAG